GGAGCCUUCCUGUUAAGUCGCGUGGGAAAAUCAAGAGCUAAAAAAAGGUUAGUGUGAAGCAAAUGCAUUUGACGAACAGGAAAUUAAAUCUUGAAGAACGCGAUGCGAACUUGCGUUCGAGUUUUCCGAUGAGAUUGGAAAAGUCCCUUCCCUUUUGACCAAGUGAGUUAAAUUCUGGACUACAGGUAGGAUAGAGAAGCGGACCUCUUGGUACAGCACGGCCACGUGAAAAAAUGAGGCGAUUGGUGAAGGUGGGGACGAAGGAGAAAUUAUUACUCCUCCUGCCCCCAACCGUUGUUAGUCGUAUAAACGUAAUAGGCUUCGUAAAGUCCAACCCCGUGGGUAACGUUGUGACUUUGGCUCCCUUGGGAAUGUCCGCCCGCCAGUUUUUCCAGCCUGCCUUCUGCAGCUCUUUGUUUCUCUGCCUUUUCAUUUACCUCAGGGUAAAUAAUAACUUGCUGGGAUGAGACAAAGACGACGGAUCUUUGAGGAAGUUAACUCAGGAAGAAAUGCUUGGUUUUGUUACGUGUCGCCUGUGCGGUACCUGUCUUUUUUGGGGGAAGUCCUUUCCGGUUACCCAGCAUGUAAGCCGCACCAGUGCGAUAUACGGCCGUUUGAAUAAAGGCCGUGGAAGGCAAAUGAGCAUCUUCUGCGACGUUACCGAAGGAGCCCUUAACUUCAUCGGCAAGCAUGGGGUAGUUCAAUUUUGGCCUUUUGUUUUCCUGCUCGAAGUAGACGGUGUUGUCUGGCGUCUCGAGAGCGGAAGGGUUAGUAAGGCUUGUUAAGCGGUUAUACUUGAAAGUCAUGGCGCAAAAGGGAGCAAAUCUUAAAUGCAUUGGUCAAACUGUGGUGUUCUUGAGAUUCUGUAGUCCUUAAUUGUAGUAGAGCAGAACCGGGUCCGAAAGGAUUUACUCAAAUGAUCUCCUUUCGAGUGCAGAGCAGGGCUGCGGUUGUUUUCAGAUGACGGUUGCCUCCCGGCAUUAGCAGGCGCAAAAGGACUGGAAUGGGAUAUUUAGGCGUAACGAGCCGCUUUUGCGUUCCUUUUCGAGCCUCGGACUGGGAAUGUUUUUCUUUUACUGGUGUCGAGUGUGGUGGGGCAGGGGACGUUUAAAACCAUUGUCCUCCGCUCCUUUUGAAAGGUUACGAAAACCCACCGAAGAUUUAGAACGCAGACUGUUAGCGGUUUUGUAAAGGAAGCCCUUAGCUGGUGCUACCUGCUUCUGGUACCCUGUAUGUUGGCGGUGUGGGAACGGUGAGUUUUCUGAGGCACUUUGUUGUCUCGUCGCUUCUACGAGCCGAGACGUUGGAGCGUUACUACUUGGAAGAAUAGCGCGUCUCAAGGCGAGCUUUGUUCUUCUAAGAAAUAGGUAGAAUCAGCCUCGAGAAGUAUUGCGUGGGUACGAACGCAGGUGGGCUGUCCGCUUAGGAUUGUGUAACCCUGUUAUCCAGCUGAUGUUUUUACCUGCUAGAUUAUAUCUUCUGCCUGUUACAGGCGGAUCAGGGAAUUGACCUGUUCUGAAUGUUACCUUUCUUAACGCUCGUCUUAACGUAUGUCGUGUCUUCCUCUUUGGACGUGUGUCAGAGACUCUGCUCGUGAAGCUGGGCGUUGCUUCUUGCCACUGUUUGGGACAGAUUUCGUUUGUUGGACCCGUCUUGCUGAUGCUCCCUAGCUAGUUUUUAUUGUUUUCCUUUUGAAGAAGGAAAAUUUUUUUUCUUUGUUCCGUCGUGUUUGGUCCUUUGCUUUCCCACCUGAAGUUCUCUCCGCUCCGUGACUCCUCGCCUCCUCCUUUGCGUCGUCAGAUUGACUUGGAAAGGUUGGCAGAGUUUCUCCUUCGUCGCUACUUGGGCUAAGCGAAAUUGUCCUUUUUAACAGAAAUGUCGUGGCACCCUCUCUCUUUCCGGCCUUAGAUCUAGCUGGCGUCAGAAGCGUUAGAAAAUGGGAACAGAUGUUUUUGGGGGGGGUGAGAGGGAGAGGGGGAGGAUCGACUGGCCCCGUUGUUGUGUUCAUGUCCCAUUUUUUGUACUGGUUAUUUGGAAUGAGUUUGGAAACCUUCAUCGUACUCUGAGAGUUGCAAAGCAGUCCCUUAAGUGUACUGAGGGCAGGAGGAGUCGAGGGUGCGGGCCUGACUCCUCUGAGAGAAAGUAGAACUGAUUAUGAGUAGCAGCCUAAUGACUACUAACUGGGCUGUGCUCUUGAUCUUACAGGAUGAGGCUCAAGAAGAACGAGAGGGUGGUGCCGUGUAAGGUGGCUGCGGGACGACCUGCCGCAGGCCAUUGGAACGGGAUAAUUUGUCUGGAACUAAAUGAGACUAGAUGAUGUACCGUAAGAUUAUGCUCUUGAUAGUUACACUGAGUAAGAUGUGAGAAGCUUGAUCUGGUGUUUAAUGUGCCAGCUGCUAAAGUUCUUCCUUCUGCCUGCCUCCAUUCCUUUUUUCCCCCUCCCUCCUCUUCCCUGCCUUCACCUGGUCCUGCAAGUAGCCAGACGCAGCAUCGAACCCGAGAUCCGCGCCUUUUUGCCGUGGAAAACUUCUGAGUGUCAGGAUACGAUCGGCCGCUUUAUUGUGUGGAAGCUGAAACCCUGCGGAUCGUGCUGCUGUUGAAUCCUCAAAGCCAGCUCUUUCUUUUUGUGACUGAAAGUAAGUUUGUUCUGAUACGAUGCGUGUUGUAUCGAGGGGACCCGCUGCCGCGAGCGACGCUUAGCGGCCCCCCUGCGGUUGGCUCAGUACGGUGGCUUGCACGGGGCAAGCCACGGCAACCGCUGCUUCUCUUUUCAAGACCUGACGGGAAAGUUGAGGGCAGUUCUCUGGGACGGAGCACGCGCAGGCAGAGGCCUUCCCUCUUUGGAGAGAGGACUCGCGUGAGGGACUGAACAGAGGUGAGAACGUUUGCCGAGCGCCUCCCUCUGUAGAAACGCGCCCUCUUCUUCCGUGCCCCUCUUGUCAGAAUGCUGCGGUCGCGUGUCCGCGGUCGCCCAUGUCUGAUACGCUCCUCUGUCAUGUGCCAAAUUCCUCAGAUUCUACAAAAUGACCUGAAUUUUUAAGUUCCAGAACUUGGAACUCCUGUAAGGAGAUUAGCUGAUGUCUGAAAUGGCACAGAGGCCCCUGGAGGGCCACGCUUCAGUUUCUGCUGCAGUUGCUCCUCAUCUGGGGCAGAUCUACUCGGAAAGGGGCGUUGCCACAGCGAGUUGCUAGUCUAAAAGCUGUUCUCUGAAGCGGUGCCCAGCAGUUGUCCGAGGGGGCUGUGUCUUCUGUGGGAUUCAGGAUAAGGCUGGGAGUUACCUGGAGCUGCUUGUGGCCAUUUAACUGGGGAAAAAUACCCUGUCUCGGACCCUUCUCUUCUCCCACCCCUCAGGCAUCCCGUUCCUGCCAGUGGCCUGCUUUCGAGCCAUUGAAUUCCAGCACUCAGCCCCUGGUCCUUGUAAAAUGGGGUGAAGUGACUGGUCGUGGGAAAGAGAUAGCAAUGAUCUUUUGGCUAGUGUUUCCUCCUUGAGCCUUGGAAUUAAGACAUGGAAAUUCUUCUCAGACUCGCAGAAGAAACGGCACAGGCUUCAAUCGGGGAUGGAGGUGGAAGACUUGGCGUGGGCCCCGAAUCCAAGUAGUGCUUGCGAAGCCGCAGAGAUACAUCGUUCUCAUUCGAGAUGAUAACGGUUUGUGUAAUGACUUCGGUCGCAUCUCAACUUUGCAAUCCGUGUAGGAAGUUAACUGCGUUGCAACGUUUGGCCUAGACUUGCAACUACCCUUUAUAAUGCAGUAGGUUUUGAGGUAUGGCUUUGUCGGGUUAUAAAACAACUGCAAAUUAGCAUUUUGUCUUUUAGCUAGCGCUUCGGUGCCGAGUUUUGUGAGAUGCGUUCUGCCAAGGAACUCUCUGUUGACUUAUUUGAGAAUUUUCACGUUACAGCCUGUAGCAUCAGGAGGCUGUGCCGGCAGAAGAAGUAGUAAGUGUGUUUUAGUCUUGGUCCUUGCAACUUUGCUGAUGUAUUGCAAGGCCGCGUAACUUUUCGUUGCGUGCCCUGAGGAAUUACGGUUUUGUGCAAUCUAGGGGACUGCCAAAUGCAAAAAGAGUAGGGACUUAAUAAUAUGAAAGCGCUAACUGUUAUUGGAGGAGUAUUGUCUUAAAAAAAUUUUUCAGUCUUUUAAAAGUUCAGCGUGAUGAGGUGAAGUCAGCCUCGGGUUGACUACAGCCUUCUCUGUGUGGCACACGCACGACUUCCGAGGACCGCAGAACGGGAGACUUGUUCUGGGCUGGCGGCGUGUGAGGGUUUUUUUGUUUUGGUUUGUUUUUGUAACGAAGUUGUGUAAAGGAUAGUCCCGUCAUUUGCCAAGAUCUCGAAGGAGAAGCUGCGUCUCCUUUUUUGCGGUGCGUUGUAGUUUUGGGUAAACCUUGGCUCGGAACCGACGGCGAUUCUGUCGUUGGAAAUGCACGACCCUCGUCAAAAAAAGCAUUCCCCUGCGGCCCUCCACGCGCCCCCCCCGCCGAGUUCCUGUCUCCUACAAAAUUAUUCUCGCAUCCCUCAGAGGGAAGGGAGGUAAGGCCCGAUAGCGUUCGUUGCAGUUGUCAGUGGUUUCUUCCCUGCUCCUGGUCUGACUCUGCCCCUGCUCUCCUUGUAAGUUCUGAGGAGAGAUAGGUUUAUGCUUGGAAGUGAGCGGUCUCGCUUUCUCCCAGGUAGACUUAUUCUUAGCUCCUUUCUCCGUCGUAUUUUUUUCCUUUUAGCUGUAUCGACUGACAAAAAGCUCUAAGGAAAGGCAGCUCUGCAGAGCUGGGUUUAAUAGCAGAUUUAUCGUGGAACAGCGGAUGGAUGUGAGUACAUCGGGCUCUCGGUGUGGAUGCGGAACGGCGGAGGGUCUCGGCCCUCAGAUUUCUAAGCCCGCUUCUGCAGGCUUGCCGAGUUCGGUGCAGAUCACGUUUGAAGAGUGUCCUCAGUUACCACCAGCUGCGCAUAUAAGUCGCGUGAUGUGCGAGGGACAGUCGGACCGCAGCAUGGUGCUGUCCUGCCACCUGUCAGCUGAAGCUGUGAAAUUCCCUGUCUCUGUUACUCAGCAGUCCCCGGUCGCUGUUUCUGUGGACACCUAUCAUGUCACUCUGGCUGUGCUGCAGGCUCAGGUGGAGAUCCGCUUGGAGGAGAUACAGAAUGAAGGUCUCCUGGUGUCGUGGACCUUCAAGGACAGACCAGACUUGAACCUUUUGGUUCUUCCGAGACUUCAACUUUGCGAGAACGAAGGGAGAGCGGAUCUGUCCACUGUAAAGGAUCUGAUUGAAGAUACCAUUGUCAGCACGCAGCCGGCCAUGAUGGUGAAUCUGAAGGCCUGCACCGCUGGAGCUGGUGCGGUACCCAGCGAUAAGUUGGUGCGAGAGUCCCCGUCCGGAGUAGCAGCAGCCCCUCUGGCUUCUAAGCUGUUGCUCCGGAAUCUUCGAGUGCUGAACUUGGGCUGCCAGGGGAAGGGAGGAGUUGGGGAGAUACGCUGUGUGGCGGGGCUGGACAGCCCCCCGCAGCAGAAGCGGACGAGGCCAGCGACAGCUGGCGGCGCUGGUACCGCAGUGGAGAUGGAGUGGAAGGAGGAGCUCUUCCUGGAGUUGGGACCUAGAAGUAAAGAACUGAAGCUACAGGUGCUGGGGAGCAGUGACGGAGGGGGAAAUGUGCUGCUGGCACACACCACGCUUUUGCUGGAUUCUUUGGGCAAACGACCCUCUGGGAGACAGGUCUGCUCGCUGGCCCCGGGAGCUGGGCAGUCGCUGGCGGCUGAAGCUACCAUUAUAUUGGAGCUGCUAUUCCAGGAGUCUCCUGCGUCUUUGAAUGCUCAGCACGCCACGUCUCUGCGCACCAGCAUCACUCCCACUAAGAAGGUGGAGAUGGACCGGACCAUCAUGCCCGACGGCACCAUCGUGACUACCGUCACCACGAUUCAGUCCCGGCCCAAGGCGGACUGCAAACUGGAUUCACCGUCGAGGUCGCCUUCCAAAGUGGAAGUGACUGAAAAGAAGACGACGGUGCUUUUGGAGAGCGGCUGCCCUUGCGGCCCCUUGCCCGGCGGUAGCCGGGAUAGCCAUAUGCCCAACGGCUUGGAUCCGGUGGCUGAGACGGCGAUCAGGCAGCUAACCGAGACGAAUAACAAGCCCGCCAAGAAGACCCCGACAAAACGUAGCACGCUGAUCAUCUCGGGAGUUUCCAAGGUACCUAUCGCUCAAGAUGAAAUGGCACUUUCUCUGGGUUAUGCUGCAUCCCUGGACGCCUCAGCGUUCGGGGAUUCUGCGGCGGAGGGCGUGGCUGACCGGACACACGAUUCUACCGAAUCGUCGCGGCUGCUGGAAGCGUCGCCGUCGGGACAAAGGGCCGGUCGGGAGCUGGAUGAGACGACGCGAUCGGACAUCUCCGAGAGACCGUCGGUAGAAGACGUCGAGUCUGAGACUGGCUCCACAGGAGCCCUUGAGACCAGGAGCUUGAAAGACCACAAAGUUAGCUUUCUUCGGAGCGGUACCAAGCUCAUCUUCCGGAGAAGGAGCAAGCAGAAGGAAGCGGGCCUGAGCCAAUCGCAUGACGACUUGUCCAAUGUCACUGCCGACUCCGCCGCCAGGAAGAAAGCCGGCAGCUUCUCCCGCCGCCUCAUCAAACGCUUCUCCUUCAAGUCUAAAUCAAAACCCAAAGCUAGUGACGGCACGACAGCAGGUGAGAACUGAAGGAGGGAGAAGCCUGUCAGAAAGAUUGCACGGAGAUCCUUUUCUAGUCUCUCGUCUUCCCGCUCCACGGUAUCUGUGACCUGCAGUCCGGUUCCUUCCAACCUUGGCUGAGGGAAGAUGCCCCAGUGCUUUACGCCAUUUGGGGAGCGGAGGUGGCGAACCCGGGGCUUAGGCUGCUCAUCUGCCUUGGCUUAGCCUUCUCCGACUGUUGCACCCCGCUGUGCUCUCCCAGAAAACCCAGGUGGCGUGCUGAUCCCUGUGGGGGUCCCGGGAGCUGCGGAAACGACUCUGCCUGCGUAGCUGUCUGGCACGGCCGGGUGCGUCCUGGAAAGCGGAGGUUGGGGGGGGCAGCUCUCGAGCAGCAGCCAUCAGAGUGAAAGAUCGAGAAACUACCGAGUUGGCUCCGUUGCCGAGAAGCGUGGGAUGUAGCUUCGCUCAGCUCUUCUAGCGAGAGAGAACGAUGCGGUCGCUGGCCGUCUAAACGCUCUCAUCGCUUCUGCUUGCUGCAGAGGCCGUAACCUGACUGCGGGGCGGGGCGCUGCGUUCCUGGGCUGCGAGCUGUCAGGAGAACGAGCUGCGUUUCUCCGCCCGGCUCUGCCAUUGGAACGGUCUCUGGUUCGGACAGCGCUGAGGGAUGCCUGCUUUCUGUGCUAUGCUGAUGAAGGACGGAGUCUCUGAGAAGAAGGGAGCUUUAACCACUGGGUGAGUUUUUGGAGAAGCCCGGGCCUUUGUGAGAGACAUCUGGUCGGUGCCGUCGGCGAUGCUGCCCUGUGACGUGGCCCUCCUUCCGAAUCUGCGUUCUUGAACGGGGAAGGGGCCGUGCUGUGCACGCGCGCCAGCUAUCGUACGAGCGGAACCCUUUCCAUUGGGGGCAUCAACAGCGGGGUGCCGGGCCAUCUUCCAGACCUGUGGAGCGCCCGGCCUCUCACGGUCCUCGUGCCGAGGACUGCCACCGUGCCGGGGAUGGACGUCGAGGAACGGCGGCGAUGAUAGCAAAAGGGCGGUCUGAUCGGGAGCCUGAAGCCAUGUGCUGGGGAGAGGCAAGAGUUGACAAGUUUUCGCUGAUGAAAGGGUUUUCUGUAGCAGAAGGAGCCUUUCUUGACUGCGUCUCGUAUUUCCUUUCUUCUAGCAAACCUGACCCGCCACGUUUGAACGGUGGGCGUUUCUGCAGUGGGUAUUUGUGGAGGGAGAGGCGCGCAGGGGAGAAUUGGCUCCUCGUGCGGGAGGAGACCGCCCUUCUAGACGAAAGGUUUUCCGUCUCCUGACGCACGCGUGUGCGCGCACGUCCCCAGAGGCCCCGUUUGGGUAGCGUAACGAAGCUCUUUGGAGAAACGCUCGUGCCCUGGCGGCGUGCCCGGGCGACGUGCCCGGUUGGAACAGAAGCUCCUGCUCUCCUGUGGGUUGUAGAGUUAGGGAGAUGGGGCAAAGGGGAGGAAAAACCUCAGUGAAGAGCGAUUGUUUAGGCCUGACUGAAUUCGCUGGUUCUGCUCUCCUGCUACGGUACCUCCUGAGGUGGGGGCUGUCGCCCCGCCUUACGCAGGACGUGACCGACCAAAAAAGCGGUAGCUCUCCCGAUGGCGCGCGUAAAACGACGCGUCGUGUUCUUCGGAAGGAUGAAAUCCGGCUUACCGAUACGGCCGUUGCGUGCUGUUUUCAAAGGCUGGAACGUGUUUGGUACGCCGCUGCAAAAGGAUUUAGGGGCAGGAAUUUCCGAGCGUCUCUUAAAGUGUCUGGAGGUAGAGAAGGCCAGAGCCGCCUGGGGCUUGGAUUGAAAGCGCUGACCCGUGCCGGCGGGAGGGACUGUCUUUCCUGUUUUUUCCUGCCAAUUCCCAGGUUGGGCACGCAUGAGAAAUCGGACUGGUCCAGCUAGCUGACCAGGAAUCUCUUCUCCAUCUGUUCAUUUUGGUCCGGGAGUCUUUUGGUCGUCCCCGAGCUCUUUCGUGUCUUUUUUAUCCUUCGGUUUUUUUCCUCGUCCGCGCGGUACCACAGCUUCGUUUGCAGCUUUGUGCGCUACGGACUUCGGAACGCUCGCUGGUUUUUGCUGAAAAUAGUUCUCCUCGAUGCGAAUGACGGGUACCUGCUGCGGCUCUGGUGGAAGCUGGCAAUCUGCAGCUCGCCUGUAGCAAUCUGGCCGCCGGUUUGACGCGGCCUUCCUUUGCGGCAUCGCACGUGACGCCGUCCUUCGCGGGCACGCUCUCGCUCCCAGAGCCUCGGGCUUUGGUUCCGGUUCGGCGUUCUCUCUUGCGCUGUCCCCGCUACGCCUUCGUUUCUGUCGCUAAUGGUACUUGACGCUCCGUUUUUGGUUUUUGUUUGUUCUUUUUCAAUACCUCGUCGAGGUCGCUUUGAAUGAGGAGCACUGGCUGCGAAACCUUGCGUUUUAAAACGCUGGUUUCAAUGGAAGGGAUCUUUCAGAAGAGCUGGCGGCUCUUCGGUUGCAGGUUUCUCACCAGACCUUCCGUGAGUCUCGUUUAAUAGUCCCGUGUUCUUUUCUUUAAACCACGAGAGCAGCUCAAGCUGUUUUGAGCGUGGUGCGGCCGGAGGCAAACGGCCGAGGCUCCCACCGGCACGUCUGAAGCGUGAACCCGGGGCUCGUGUAUGCGAGGAGGGCUGCGAGGGCUAGCGAGCGUCGUCCUUGUCGUCGUAGACCGUUGGCGGAAAACGUGAGCGAGGUUCACGUCCGACCAAGGCGUACCUAGAUUUCGAUCGGAAUAUUUUGGUCUGCCAUGGAGGAAGGAGGCGAUAGGAAAGGUAGGAGUAAAACCGAAACUUGAGUUCCCCGGCAGCCUUAGGGACCGAGGAUCCCUUUCUAGCCGUGUUAAAUGGGCAAUUCCUGCCGUAUGUCUGUGGGCUGUCUUGAAUUUGUUCCCAGUUUGUUGGCUCCAGGCUAUGCCCGCUGACGAAUAGCAGCAGAGGUACCGUUUUUUUGAUUUUGAGCUUCGGCCUGGCAGAAGACUCAUCCGGGAAUUUCCUGCGCCGCACGACGGUCAGUGUCUAUCUUCCCUGGAAUUUUUGGCAGUACUUUUUAUCGCGGGCGGUAAAUGGCUGUGGAAGUUUGUAUCUGCUUAGAUAGCUUGCGAAGGGAAGGGAUACUGUUGAGUGCUGACAGAGCGCAUCCCCGAACGUUAAUUCUCACGUUCCCUAGCGGAGAUGUACUUUCUGCCGUUUCGUUGCUUCUCAAAGUUUUACGGCGUAGGACGGAUAUUGUAAACUUUUAUCCUCUUCUGAAUGUUACCGGUAAGCGCAGAAUGUUUUUCAGGGUGUUUGGGUAGACUGCUGUUUGAGGGACAGAGGGGUAAGGGGGAAUGGCUCAGCCGCGUGCACCGAGAGCGUUUUUUAGUUCAAAUGUGCUCCUGAUUAAUGCGUCCAUCCUUCCUCUUUGUAUCUGUACGUGGCUUCCUUUCUCGCACGCGCGGUUGUUUUCGUCCCCCGAGCGGUAGGCGGCUGGUUUCGUUAGUCCCGGAUGCGCGAGCGCGGGUGACUCUCGCGGCUUCCCGGAGCCACGAACGGUAACAAAUCCGCCUCGUGGGGGAGGUGUGAUUAUAUGUGGCACGAGACGCAAUUCUUCUGUCCUAAUCUUCUCGGAAGGAAAGGGAAGGUCACGCGGGUCUUUGGCCUCCAGAAACCGUAAAGACAGCGUCCCCCCCUAGAACCGCUGCUUAAAGACAUCUCUUCUGUAUUUAAUCCCUGCUUGUGCUUCUGGCUUUAGGACAGAAGAAACGCCGUUUGAAAUCCGCUUAUCCCUGUUUUAACUUCCUCUGGGUAUUCAUGCCCUCACCUCGGUGCCGUUGUGGGGUCUGCGGUGUUUCAUAGCGCCCGGGACCACGGAGCAACCCCGGUGCGCGGCGCAGGCCGUUGUCUAACUUUUUAGACUCGAACGAUCUGUGUUCGCCAGGUUUCUGUCUCAGGGUAGGCUCGGUAUUUGCACCUUGUGAAACCGGUCCUCGACCAAAUGUGUGGGGGAAGAGGAGAGGCAGAGAGGCGGGCUUGAACGCGCGGAGGCUUCCGAAGGAGUUCAACCUGCUUAUGAGGGCCUGCGUUCCAAACGCUGUUUUUUGCUGUCAGCUAUGUGAGUGGAAACGAUGACUGGUAAAUGAAGCCAAAGUAUAUGUUUGGGGGUUUGUUUUGUUGGUUGGUUUUGGUAUUUCUUUGUUUUUGUGUGGCGGGGUGGGGUUUUUUUUUUUUUUUUUUUUUCCUUCUGUUUUGGCUGAACAGAGUUACUAGAACUUAGCUAUGCUGUGUAUUUUUACUUCUCUGAAGAAAACUGAUUUCUCUAGCCGUAAGCACGCUUCCAAGUAUAUUUCUGUCUGGGUAGAUCCUCUUCCCCGUGUUUUGGCUUUUUAAGAGCCUUCCCGUCGAAAAAGCCCUCUGUGUCGGCCUGUGAGGGGUAUCCUCUCGAAGUGAGAGAAAACGGGCGUGGGAAGAAACGGAGGGCGCCACAAAACCUCGGUGUUUUGGGGGAGCGUAGGCUUUAGCGUGAUGGAUGUCUGACCAAGGCCCCAUUCUCAGCGAGGGCGCUCGAAAGCUGCGUGUCUGAGGACGGAGGAAUCAGCCGUGUGCAGCUGUGUUUGCACAUGCUUCUAAUGAGAGCGUGCUCUGUGAUUGCCUGUGCUGGUCACGCGGCCAAGUGACCGAGGACGACGAAGCCGACUGGUGGGUGGGGAGAGAGCAGCCUUGCUGGCUCCUGUGGUGUCCGCAAAACACUUCUUACUACUUACAGACCUCUGUGGGGGUGGACUUGAGCACGCGAGUCCACCCUCUGCCUCUGCAAGCGCCCCCAUGCUGCUUAUGUAGUUGAGGUUGGGUUUUUAGGCAGGUUGGCUGAAGUGGGGGAGAGUGAGGGGAGACUGCUCAGGUAGAGCGCUAGUCAGAAAACAGUUCAGCGGAGGGGAGCGUAGCGAAAAUGUCUUCAAACCGAUAUAAGAGGGCAAUGGGCGUGCGCCGUUUCUAGACCAGAACAGGGCGCACGGCAAAGCGUACACUUACAGAUGGGUUUGUUCCGCUUUUUUGUCUUUAGCGAUGCCGCUUCCUUCCCGCGACGUCUUCUCUCAGUUUGUUGUUUGCUAAACCUACAGAGAAGUAAUUUCUGGGUAGCUGGCGAGACACUUGAAUGUUGGGGGGCUGGUGUUUGGGUAUUUUGGGGUCUUUCACGUUCUUCCCUCCCUGCCUCCUUCCCUUCCUCCCUCCCGCCCCCAAGGUCACGGUGAGUGUCACGGUAGAGUUACGAUGCCGGUGGUGGUCAGACUUCCGGAAAAGGUCUUUGUGCUUAUGAUAUCGCGGCUCCUUCUACAGGCAUGACUGCUCCGCACCGCCUUUCCUUGCUCGUACAGGUACCGGACCAAAUACCCGUGCUGAACUUGAAUUAGCACCCCUCCUUGUGCGUGCUCUUUUGUACUUUGAUGCCUUCUCUCUGGGUGGAUUAUUUUAACCCCAGAUUGUUUAGAGGAAAAAAAAAAAAUAGGAACUGUGUAGCUAUUUAAGAGAUCAGAAUAAAAUGACUUAAUUUGGACUAAAUGAAUGAACUUCUUGCACCUUUGUAAAUGUUGAAGAAGAAUUCCAUUGCUGUGUAAUGGCUGAACCUGUUAACUUAUUAAACCACAUGGAAAUCAAAACCUGACCCCGAGUCUGACUUUGUAUCUGCUGGAGCGUGGCGAGUUGGGCUUUGGCUUUUUAGAAGUUCGGGGAGGUGCCCUGAUUUAUAACCUUCUUCUGUAAGACUGUCAUCUCCUAGGGGCCCUUUUUGCCAAAUGCGGAUACGUGGGUUUACGGUCUGCAAGACCGGGACGAGGGCUGCAGCCUCUGGGGUGCUCCUGGGAGGCGAGGGAUUCCAGAGAUGCCCGCGUCAGCCCCGGAAGGCGUGAGCGGCACCGCGACUGUCAGCGGAGCCCAGGCGUGCGGCGGUACCCUCGGAGGCUCGGUUACGGCUUCACGGGGCGCCCUAGCGGAGCGGGCUCCCUCACGAGCGCCCGCUUCGGCAUUUUCUUCUCCCUUUGCCUGCCCUGCUUUCCCUUGUUUCUCGUCCUCGCUUCGUUGCGGGGCCUACGGUUCAAGCUGCAAAGUCAAGGUCGGCGUUGACUCCGUGUUUCUGCUCCGGGAAGGGUUCAUCCUGCGGGGAAGGGGACGGCGGUGGUUUGGGCCGUACCCUGCGGCUUCUUAAAUUUUGUUGCUAUGUCUUUGUUUGUCUAGUUUGCUGUGCCUGUUUCUUAAUUUUUUUCCUUUAUUUCCUUAAUUUUGUUGCUUUUUAUAUUAUUUUCCUAUGUCUGCUUUCAUCCGGCUUCCGUCCCUAUUUUUUAAUUUCUUUCCUCCUCUAAUGCUUUUGUUUUUCAACUUUUUUCCUAUGUCUGCUUUUAUCUAGUUUGCUGUUCCUAUUUAUAAUUUUUUUUUCCCCUCUGCCUUGUACCCCUUUGCUUUUUCAGUUUUCUUUCUAUGUCUGCUUUUAUUGAGCCGUCUGUCCCCGAUCUUUAAUUCUUUGUUUGUCACAUACCCCGUUGCUUUUUAAAUUUUCUCAGCAUUUUUAAUUUUUUUUCUCACCUCUCUCGUUUCAUCCCGAGGCUUUAGAGGGUCUCCUCGGCACGCUGUUAUCCCUGGGGCUUAAUUUGUACCCCUCCUGAUUUGUCAGAACGUCUCCUCGGGUCAUCCCUCUUCCUUAGGGCAGUCUUUUUGUCCUCUCCUCCAACUCGCUCACAGAAUCACAGAAUUGCAAGGGUCGGAAGGGACCUCGGGAGAUCAUCUAGCCCAACCCCCCUGCUAAAGCGGGUUCUCCUAGAGCACGGUACGCAGGACUUUGUCCGGGCGGGCUUUGAAUAUCUCCGCAGAAGGAAUCUCCGCAACCCCCCUGGGCGGCCUGUUCCAGUGCUCUGUCACCCUCAAAGUCAAGAAGUUUUUCCUCAUAUACAACUGAAACCUCUUACGUUUCGG